AUGUAGUCAGCUGUUAUUUCGUAUAGCGUUGCCAUACCUUAAUUUAACUGUUAGGCGCUGCCAACACGUGCCGAAAAUACGAAGCAAAGAAAAACACCAAAAAACGCAGAGAAAACAUGCUACCAGCCGAAGAAGCAAAAGCAAUAAAAAAGAGGAAAACAAGCAGCAAAUAUGUUUGAUAUAACGAGGCAGCGGAAGAGACAAAAAUUAUAAAUUAGUGUAGAGAAAAAAUUUGCCCAGUGUGCGAAGAGAAGCAAAGCUGCAUUCAUUAAUUGAGUAAAAACGACAAAAAACCUCAAGUAGCUAUGAGCAAUAACAACAGCAACAAUAUCAGCAGCAGCAGCAUGCCAUACCCGGAAUCCGAGGAAGAGGAGGAGGAGCUCAGCGGGUCUUACAACAUCAAUGACAAUGGGGGCCAGCUAAGCGACUGUAGUAGCAGCAACAGUAGCGCCACUAGCAGCAGUGAAAAAACGGCAAGCAGCUCUAGCAGCAACUCCAGCGAUGAGGACGACGACGAUGAAGAGGACGCCACGGACCAGGACACGCGUACCGAUUCCGAAUCGGAUGAUGGCACCACUACGCAAUCCGAUGAGCUCGAACUGGCUCAGCUCAGUGAGCAGCACACAUUUCGAUUGCCCCGCGGCCUCUGCGAGAAUGCGAGCGUCUUCCAUGAAUUCUUUUCCGUAGAGACCUGGCAAAUGCUGCCCAACAAUAUGCAGGCGCAACUGCAGCCUUUGCUGCCUAGCUAUGCAGCUCUGCUGGGGCCUUCUCAGGCGGCAGCGGAACAGCAGCGCACGCUUCUGCAGCUCUUCAACGGUGGACUGCAGCGCUUUGGGCAGUCUCCAUUGCUGCGACUGCAGCGCAAGUUGGAGGAGGGCAGUCUGCGGCCGGAUGUGUUGCAGCUGCGUCUGAGCAUUGAGCGUUCGCAGCGACGUGAGCGUCGCUUCCAACAAGCCGAACGACUCAGUCGUUUGGCCAAGGAGCUGUUUCUUUCCCGCGAGCAAAUGCUGCAGCAGGUAUAUGGAAUGGCGCCGCCGCCAGAAGGUGACACAUUCAAGGCGCAGCCCUGCCCACGUAAACGGAAAACACCGACACUUCACAGAGAGAACAAAUUCUGUGUGGACCGUGCACGCAAACGAUACUGCCAGGAGCUCGUGCAGCUGGCACGCGAUCUGCAGCUGCAGCCCGGCGACAUCAGUGCCGACGAGCAGGAUGAGGAGGCUGCACAGAUCGCCAUAAUUGACGAGGAGCGACAGUUGAAAACGGAAACAAUUUCGCGUCCAUCAAAUGCGGCGGAUAAGAAAUGCAUUUACAGUACCUUCUUCAAGCGCCGGCCAGGCCUGGAUGAUGAGCAGGUGCUGCGGAGGAUGCAGUCAGAUAAGAUACAGCCGCUCAAUGAGAAAAACUUUAAGAAAUACCUACGCGACUACAAGCGACGGAAACUGCAGCAACCGCAAUUGCCGGACUUUGACACCGCUGAUAUACGACUGCGUGAUAUUUGCACACGCGCCCAGUUUGUGGGCAGCUUUAAGCCAGGACGCAAGCCGAAGGCACUAACAGCGCGUUUCAAUCAGCAGGUCAAUGAGCCGCCUGCCCUGGUGCCCAUUGGUGGCAAGGCCAAGCAAACGGAGCAGGCAGCCGAAUUGCUCACCGAUGAUCCGCAGCAUCUGUACGGACGCGCUGCCCUGGAGCCCGACGAGGAGGAGCUACAGCAGGAAUUGCAGGAGCAGACGGAGCCAAUGCAACAAAUGUCGAAGACAUUUGCGAAUGCAGCUGCAGUUGGCCUCGCACAACAGUUGCCCAAACUGGAGCCCAUUGCGUCGCGUACCUUGUUCAGCAGCUCGCCCCGGGCAUUGGUCAAGGCUGGCGCUCAUAUCACCGGCAGUCCCACAAGGGAUGCAGCAACAACUGGCACGCCACGUGCACACACCUGUUAUUUUUCACUGUUGCGCGAUUUGUUUGUGUCCACGCCACAGCAUCGUUUGACCUACCAGGAGCUGCAGUCGCAGCUGCACAAGUGGCGCACGGAAAGCUGUACUGGUGGGGCACCGGACUGGCUACGCCAGCUGCCCAACGAUUGGACGCAACUGCUGCAAUCGGCUGUUAACUUCUUAUCUGGUGACUUCGUCACGCUGCCGGCGGAAUAUGUGCCCUACAUUGAGCAUAAAACCCAGCUAAACAUUUAUCAGUGGAUUGGCGCUGGCCGAGACUCGGAUGCGCGUCUGCAAGCGAUCUGCCAAUUUUGGUUGCAGCGACGCAAGGAAGACCCAACUGUGCAACAGUUGCCGCUGCAACAGAUCCCGGCACAGCAGCAAUUAAGUCCCACUGCGGUGCUAGAUAUGACGCCAACACCGCCGCCACGCUGUCCCACCAGCUGGGCGGUACGUGUAGCCACGCAAGCAGAGAUGCUGGAAUUUCAGCGGCAGGAGCGUCUGCGCUUCGAGCAACCGCAUCGUCCCUUCACAUAUCGAAUGCACGGCUAUGAGAGCGUUGUGGGUCCGGUCAAGGGCAUUUAUACGCAGAGUUUGGCCUUGAAUAAGGCACGCGGACAUGCCGUCAUGGUGGACGACAGGCCGCCAUAUGUUACCAUAUUGACGCUGGUGCGUGAUGCCACUGCACGGCUGCCGAACGGCGAGGGCACUCGCUCAGAAAUAUCGGAGCUGUUGAAGUGCUCGCAGUUUAUCAAUCGCCAGGCGGCGGAGAACGUGCUGCAAACGAUUGUGAGCGGUGCGCUAGAUCGCAUGCAUGGCGGCCUGGAUCCAUGUGUCCGCUAUGAUGCGCGCCGAAAGAUCUGGAUCUAUUUGCAUCGCAAUCGCAGCGAGGCGGACUUUGAGCGUAUGCAUCGCCAGAACCAAACUAUGGUCAAGCAGAAACAGCAGCAGCGCAAGCACAAUAAGCCAAAGAAGGAUGACGCAAUGGACACGGCACAGGAGCUGCCCGCAUUGGUGGCAGCUACUGCAACAACACCAGCAACGGGCACAACAACUGCACUACCAGCCGUCGGUGCUGUGUUGAUCAAAAAGCAGCAUCAGCAAUCAACGCUGCCGUUGCAGGUGAAAUGUCCGCCGGUGCCGCCACUCAAGUAUCAUAUACCGCCGAGUGGCACGCCCGCUGGAACCGUAACUGCAACGAGCGGUGCAGUCCCGACCCAGCAGCUAGCGACUGCACAGAAAUCUCUGCUUAAGGCCACGCAGCGUAGCGGCGUUGUGACCCUGCUUGAAAGAUCGCCCACAGCGCCAGGCGCUGGCACCGUGCAGCUACUGAAAACAUCGCCAAAAAUGCCACAGCAGCAGCAGACGGGGCUCAAAUGCAGUCCCACGCGCAAUACUACGCCCAUACUGGUGUCCACGCCCAGUGGCCUGCAAACAGUGCAUGUGGCCGCUACGCCCAACAAAAAGCUGGCCAUCAAAAAGCCCAUUGUCAUCAAUACGCCCGCACAGACGCCAGCACCGGGUGGACAAGCUGGUAGCUUCAUUGUGCCAUUGGAACAGCAGAAACAGCAGCAGCACCACCAGCCGAAUAAAGCAUCGCCCGCGCGCCCGCAAAUGCCUAAGAAUAUUAUACGCCUGAUGCCCGCCGGUGGAGCAGGCACAGUUGGCAGCAAGCCGUCAGUUGUACAGCUGCCAGCCAGUCCGGCGGCAGCCAAGCCCACGGCGCCUGUUCAAAUACUUGGACCUCGAAUGCUUGCACAGACCACAGUGCGUCCGUUGCAGCAAAAGAUUGGCGCUGUCUCCAUUGUCAGCAAUAAGCCGACGGGCACGGGUAGCGGCAGUCCGAUUGCCAAUGCGACAGCCAGCGGCACGGGUACCAUUGUCAAGAUGUCGCCCCAGGCAUUUGCCACGCUGCAGCAGCAGCAGCUGAAGCAGAAGGCCGCAAUUGCUGCACAAACUCAACAGCACCAGCAGCAACAACAACAGCCUCAACCACAGCAGCGAAUACUCGUGGGUAACACGGCAAUUUCGUCGAACAAAAACAUUGUGUUCCAGGCGCUGCCAAAGGCGGCACCUAAAAUACUCAGUACCAUGGCCGGGCAGGCCAAGCCGCUGGCCACCGCGAAUCUCUCGCCGCAGCAGCAGCGCAUUGUAUUGCAGAGCUUCAAGCAGCCGGUGGCGACAGCAGCUGGUGCCUCGCAGACAACAACGCGUAUCAUACGCACGACCCCGGUGGCAGCAACAACGUCCGUUGGCACGGCCACAGCAACACAAGGCGGCCACAUAUUGACGUUGGAGAGCCUACUGCAAAAACAGAACGCUGGGAAGCUCAUACAGCUGGCCACAACCACAGCCGGUGGCAAUGUCAUUACACUGUCGCCCAGCGGCCAAGGCCAACAGCAGCAAGUGACCACGACCAAGCAGCUUCCGACAACGGCGCGAAUUGUGACAGCCGGGUCUAUGGUGCCCAAGAUCAUUGGCAAGACGACAGUUGUGCCUGGCAAACCGCUGCUGCUGCAUGCUAAGACUCUUAAACUGGGCGGCAAUACAGGGGUCAGCACUCAAACGCCCACAGCCACAACGCUGACGAGCGGCGCCAUGAAGACGGCGCAAAACAUUGUAAUUGGCGGGCAGACGGUGAAGCUACAGGGAGCGACGAUUCCAACGCGCAAUGCGGCAGGCGCACCCAUGCAGACGGUCAUCAUGGGCAACCAAUUGUUGCGCCUCGCCACCAGCAGCAGCGCCACCGUGAACAGCACCGCGACCAUCAGUAAUAGCCUGCCCGGCACGUCCAGCGGCAUUGCGAGUGCGCCCAAAACGUUGCUUAUCGGCGCUGGUGCGGGACAAACGCUGCGUCUGGGCAAAAAUGUGCUGCUCGCUGCCAGCAGUGGCAGUGGCAAUGUGAGCACCACAACAACAAUGGCAACAACCAAUGCAACACCCGCCAACAAUCUUGUAUUUGCUGUUCAAAACAAUGGCGGACAGUUGUUCUUUACGCCCGGACUGCAGGGCGUCAAUCUUAAGCCGUUGUCCAGCUUGAAAGUGAUACCCAUGGCCACGGCGACAACAGCCGUUGGCGCCGGCAGCGGCGUCAAACUGAGUAAUGUGACGGCGGCAACUGUUGAUGCGGUGGCUGGCAAAACAUUAAACACCAAACUGUUACCCGCAGCUGUGCUGAAGACGGCGAGCGGGGGGCAUGGAAAUUAAAUGGAGCACAUGGCAGAGGCUUGUUAAAACUAUGUUGUUUUCAUAUUCAGUUGUUUGGAUUUAACCUUUAUCAUUUAUAUAUAUCUAUAUAUAGUAGUUUACAUAUGUAAAUUACGAUUUUUAAGCAAAAAGUUUAACACAAAUUUUGCUUCGUAUAAUUAUAUGAGAAUUGAAAAGUUGGGCAAUGCACAGCUUCAUUAAACCUAUUAUAAUGUUUAUUUAGAAGAAAAAGACCUAUACAGCUGUACAUUAAUAUAAUAACAGACAGACAAAAAUUUCCAUAAUAAAAGUUCAGCAGCUGCUUUAAUUUAGCAACAUA